UUAUUAUUAUUAUUUUAAAUAACCAAAUAAUAUGCAUACAGAAUAUACCACUUUUGUAUCCCCUCCAUUCCUCUUCUUCCUUCCCCAAGAUAAUGUUUGCCUCUGGUGAUGCUGCUACUGCUGCUGUUGGUCCAGUGACCACACAUUUGAUUGUCUUGUCACCCAGUCAUCCCAUCAGAUUCAUCAACAAUAUGGAACCCAGGAACCAAACAAGUGUUUCAAAAUUUCUUCUCCUGGGACUGACAGAAGAUCCAGAACUGCAGCUUCUCCUCUUUAGCCUAUUCCUGACCAUGUACCUGGUCACUGUCCUUGGAAAUCUGCUCAUUGUCCUGACUGUCAGCUCUGACUCCCACCUGCACACUCCUAUGUACUUCUUUGUCUCCAAUCUGUCCAUUACUGACAUCUGUUUAAGUACAACUACCAUCCCAAAGAUGCUGGUGAAUAUCAAGACGCAGAAUCAGAGCAUCACUUAUACAGGCUGCCUCAAUCAGAUUUUCUUUGUCCAGGCUUUUUGUGGUUUUGAAAAUUUUCUUCUUGCAGCCAUGGCCUGUGAUCGCUAUGUGGCCAUUUGUCACCCACUGAGGUACACAGUCAUCAUGAACCCCUGCUUCUGCAGCCUGCUAGUUCUACUUUCUUUGUUCAUCAGUAUGGUGGAUGCACUGCUCCACAGUCUGAUGGUUUUGCAGCUGUCCUUUUGCACAGAUCUUGAAAUCCCUCAGUUCUUCUGUGAACUUGCUCAGGUCCUCAAGCUAGCCUGUUCCAGUGCCCUCAUCAAUAACAUCCUGAUAUAUUUUGUGGCUUGCAUAUUGGGUGGUGUUCCUCUCUCUGGGAUCAUAUUCUCUUACACUCGAAUUAUCUCCUCUGUUUUAAGAAUGCCAUCAGCUGAUGGAAAGCAUAAAGCUUUUUCCACCUGUGGGUCUCACCUCUCCGUUGUUUCUUUAUUUUAUGGGACAUCUGUUGGUGUAUACCUCAGUUCUGCAUUUGCACUCUCUCCCAAGGAGACUGCAGUAGCCUCAGUGAUGUACAUUGUGAUCCCUCAAAUGAUGAAUCCUGUUAUCUACAGCCUAAGGAACGGGAACAUAAAAGGAAGCUUGAGAAAACUCAUUGGUAGGAUGCCUUCUAUUUAGUGAUGUUUCAUCUGUGCCAACUAAUUAUACUAAGACCUAUCACUGAUAAAAUCUCCCUGCUGGUCAGCAUCAGCAUC